AUGACCCGCCACCACCACCACCACCACCAGCAAGUGCGCGAGCUGCGGGACCUGACGCGCCUGGUGCGCACCGCGCUGGACGCCGCCGGUGAGGAGGACCACGACGAUGACGACGGCGUGGACGCCGCGUUCGCGCGUCUUCGGGGGCGGUGCGGGGUCCUCUGCGGCGAGCUGCUGGGGCGGCGGGGGGGGCGUGGGAUUCGUGGGCAUGGGCGGACUGCGUCGGCGGUGUCGGGAGCGGAGGUUGGUGGUGUGGCCGCCGCUGUCGUGAUCGACCGGGCUAGGCGGAGGAGCGUCGCCGUUCCCGCGGGUGGCGGGGUUGAGGGAUCCGAGGGUGUCUGUGACGGGGUCGCGGGGGUGGCGGAUGUCGACGGCGCUUCGCUCGAGGCGGUGGGGGAGUGGAGGGCGUGUCUGGAGGAGCUGGCUGUCGCUCAUAAGAGUUCCCUUGCCAAGACUUACAGGCGGUUCGAGCACUUUGCCGCGCCCGAGAUACUGGAUGCCCUGUUUGCGGAGAGGAGGUCUAGGGCGCAGAUCGUGGGCGGGUGGAUGAAGAACUUUGGGGCUUACAAGAGGAUGGAUGCUGAGGUGAGGUCUAAAUGGGAAUCGCAGUUUCGCCAGUACGAAGAAAUUGUCUGCGAGUUGCGCAAGAUCACCGAACUCGUACAGCCGUCUGGGUCGGGCAUCUCUCCGGACCGGACGAUACGGAAGUGCAUCAUCGCCCCUCGAGGCGACACCAUCCUCGAAUUCGCAAACGCGUCCAUGCCGUGGGAGCCCGUCCUGCGGUUCAAAGUGUCCUCGCACAUGCUCGCCGAGACAUCUCCCAUCUUCGCGCGCAUGUUCUCACCGCACGCCGAGGAGUUGGACGAGGACGGGGAGGCGGAAGAGCUCGCUGGCGAUCUGCCGCCCCCGCCGACGCCUUUCGACUGCGAAGGCGGCCGGCGCGUUCUACUCUACAGGAUGCCGCAGCUGGAGCUCAACGAGCGGUCGUCGCUCUCGAUACUGCUCCACGCGGCGCACAUGCACAACGACCGCGUCCCGCGCGAGGUGCCGUUCGAGCAGUUCGUGGCCCUCGCCGAGACCAGCCUGCGGUACCGCUGCACGUCGCCGCUCGAGCUCUUCGUCGAGCACCGCUGGCUGCCGCAGUGGGUGCACAAGGCGACCGAGGACAUGCCCGAAGGCCUGCUGGUCAUCAGCUACGCCUUCGGGCUGCGGAGGCUGUUCACGCGUCUCACCAAGACGGCCAUCCUCAACCUCGUCGACGAGCGGGAACUGGCCGGCAAGAAAUGGCCGGCGCGCGUCAAGGAGAGGAUAUGGGCAGUGCGGUGCGCUAAGAUGGCACAGGUGUACGAUGCCUGUGCCCGGGCGGUCGUGGAGUAUCUCCGAACCCCUGAACGGGCCGGCGGGGCUGGAGGAGGGGGAAGAGCCGUAGAUGACGACGAGGGCGGCGAAGGGGGCGAAACCGCACCACCGAUUUUGCGCACUACCUCCAUAGCGCCAUCUUUAAACCUCUUCGCAACUACCACCACCUCUACCCCCUGCCCCGGCCCUCGCAUCUUCAACACCCCACGCUGCGCCAAAGGCAACCACUGGUGCGACGCCACCAACCUAGGCUGGCUCAUGCUCGUCUAUAACGAACUGGACCUCCUCCCAGCCAUCCUCCACCCGUCCCUCUCCCCAUCGCAGACCGACUCCCCCACGACCGCCCGGUCCCUAGCGCAGCUCGUCGACGCCCUCCGCGGUGUCACCGGCCCGCCCAACAACAACGCAAAUCUCAACUCCAACAACAACCCGGCCGGGGGCGGCCGUGGCUGCGGCUGCGGCUCCGACCCGGCGCCGGCGCUCCGGGUCGCCGCAAGCGACGUCUACAACGGCGUCUCGGGCCUGACGCUCUUCGAGGUCGACGGCAGGAGGCACGGCUGGGCGCUGUCGCGGCACCGGAGGGACGAGCCGCAGGCCGUGUUCCCGGAUGACACGACGAUGCCCCCGCCGGCGUCGGCGGUGGAGAGAGUGCUCGCCGACGAGUCGCUGUGGUCGAGGAUCCUAGGCGCGCUGGACGGCACCGAUUACCUGCACGCCUCGGCGGCGGUCAACGGCGGCCACGUCCGCAACCGCAAGAACCACGAACUGCGCCGUUGCCUGGCGAGGGACGACGACAGCAGCGGCGCCGCCACCGCCGCUGGGGACCGAGAUCCCGCCGACGACGGGGGCUCGCCGUCGUCAUCGCCGCCGAGGCUGGAGAACAGGCUCCUCAGGCUCAUCGUCGGCCGGGACGCGGGCCGCUCGACGAUGCGGACCACCCGCGAGCGGCGUGGCGCGGGCGCCAACCGCGCCGGCGAUGAUGGGGGGCCCGAGGGCGGGUACUCUUCCGGCGAGGAGGGCACCCAGGGGCUUCCGCCGCCACAGCUCGGCUCGCCGGCGGCGCCCCCGUACCGCAAGCUGGCCGGGGAUGCUGCCGCGGCGCGGGGCGCGACCUCCCCCAUGACCGAGGAAGAGGCCUUCCGGAUCCUGUGGCCGCCGGAGCCGGCGCCCCCGGAGCUGCGGGAGCUGUCGGUACCCGAUGUGCCGGCAGUCCAACCGGACGGCUUGGCUGGUCUGGAUCUGGAUGGGUCUAAGUGCCAGGCGAACGAGAUUGUACGGAUCGAGGAUAAGACUCUGCUGGUGGUGGGUAAUAAGCAGCUUAGGGGUGACCUGGAUCGGAGGAUAGGACUGAUUUCGUGA